AUGCCACCCCCCACCCUCCUCCUUGACCGCCUCCCUCCGGCUGCGACCGAGAGGGCCGGGGGCUGCGGGCGGGGGGCUGCGGGCCGGGGCCAGGGGCUCCCAGCCAUCGCCCCUCCCGCUCCUCCUGGGGGGUCCGGGGCGGGGACGGGGAGCGCAGCGCCAGCCGGAGGACCGGAGGGAGGAGGAGGCGGUGGCUUGGGGCGGGUGGGAAAGGGAGCCAAGGGAGGGUCCAGCCCCCGGCGCCCCCCGAAUGCUGCAAGGCGACAGCUGCCGGCCCUGCCGCCCAUCCUCCCCGCUCCUGCCCCCGCACAUCGCCUGCCCGAGGCCCCCAGCCCCGGGCUCCCGCUGGACCGCGCAUCUCCCCUCACCCGGCCUCGCCCGCAGAACGCCCUUUUGCUCUUGGCCAGUGACUAUAUCAUGGCAACAGGACCGGCAGAUGUCACCCGAGGCUCUGGUGCAGAGGAAACAAGUGAAGAGGGCUCAGGAAAGAAGAAGUCCAGAUUUCAGACUUUCAAGAACUUUUUUGCCAAAAAGAAGAGGAAAGAGCCUCUUGUUCCCCACGGGGAGAGUAAUUUAAAACCCAGCCAGUCCAGCAGCGAUGUUAACAACCCGCCUCUCAAUACUAUUGCGUUUCAUUCGCCGGCUGAGCCUGGGUCCAAAGCCAUCAUGGGGAACAAAGCGCUGUCACAUGACAGCGUCUUCAUUUUGGAAUCUGGCUCAGAAAACCUUGCUGGUGACCAGACCUCUCAAGAAAAUCUUUCUGGAAAAGUGAAAGCUUUACAGCUCCAGCUCCAGCAGAACAUCCGACUUGGGUCCCCCCCGCUGGUCAUCACUGGCAGGAGAUCAGAGGAUACAGGAGCAGUUUCAGAGGAUGAUGGGUUACCCAGAAGUCCUCCCGAAAUCUCCACCCUUCAUGAAGUCUUAACUUGCUCAUCAAGUAAGUCCUCCAACCCUGUUCAGCGCCAUAGCUCUUUGAGUUUAGGUGGAACAGACAGUGAAGAUGAACAGAUUUCCUCUGACACUUCCUCCAGGCCAAUCAGCCCUUUGUCCGCACCCGGGAUGCCUGCAUCUCCUGCCAGUUUGCUUGCAGUAGAUUUCAACACUCCGGCCAGCCCAUUCGCCUGCUUGGAUACCUCAGCCGCUCGGCACAAGAUCGCAUUAAACCCUCGGAAACAAAGAUCCUUGGCCAGUAGGAGUCAACAAAUGUCUGUGGAUCCACAGGAAAAGGAACCAAGUCUUCCUGUGAUUGCAGAAGGAGAGAACAUCACAACUAAACUACUGGGCUCUGACCAAAGUAUCCAAGACUUGGAAGGUUCGUCAGUCCAGGAACAUAGCAGUGUAACCGAGAUUCGUGCUGAGAAGACGUCAGGCCCAGAUAAUAACAUGGAUGCAACAGCAAGCCAGGGCAACCAGGCUUCUGCUACUUGGGAAGCUGACUGUGUACUAGGGGAAGCCAAUGUUUCAAGGACAGAUGAUGCAGACAGUGAAACUGCCCCCUGUCCAAAGAGGCAGAGGGACCAAGCAGCUUGUUCUCCUUCUGAAAUGGCCAGGGAAUGCAAACUCCAACCUCCGAGCCCUACGCAAAAAGAUGUUGAGCUUCUCAUGUCUCCACAAAUGGAAAUAGAUGGGUCCGGGGAGACGUCAUCACAUUGGCUUAGUGUGGAGAAGGGGGAUGCAGAUAGUUCUUUAGAAGCUGGUUGGGUGUUGUUAUCCAAACCCAGGGCUGGAGCCCUGAAGGAGCCCAUUGGCAGUACCAGGGUACCAUUAAAGGUGGGACUAUCUUUAGGUCACAAAAACAGCUGCAACCCCGCUCUUCCAGGCAUCUCACAGGUUGUGUUGCCACAUUCGGAGAUUGCGCCUCGGGCAGAGAAACCGGCAGCAGAAUGUGCCGCCUGGAGACAGCCUGGAAAUCCACGGGUCACCAGGGAAGAUGCGGAAGUGUCAGCAGUGUUGGAGGCACAGGUGAUGGGAAGCACCUCGACCCAGCAAAAAGGCCCAACCCCUCCACCCCCCGGGGUGAGUGGCCGGCUCCCUUCCAGGAGACUGUCCGAAGAGCUGCGCCACAAAAGGGAAUUGCCACGCCUAUUCCCCAAACCCGGCCGGGAGGACCUGCCUCUCGCCUCCACUCCCGAGUCCUCGGACAAGCCUGUGAUGAGGUGCCAGAUCUCCUCACGUUCGGCAGAUGCUGCUUCAGAGCAGCUUGUUGGGGCAGGCGAUGAGGGCCCAUCUCCAUCAGAUUGUCUGGUCUCUCAGGUGCAAGCCAGGAAACUCGACCAGGGUCCCGAAGAUCCUACCAAGAGCCCCCUGCCAUCAGCUACGAAGCCAGUGAGAUUCACCAUUGCCCCUGCCUGGCAGAGGACCAUUUCGGGGGGCACUGCCUCGAAGGAAGAAUCCUGCAUUGGAAACUGCCCAUCUCCUAUAAAACCAGAAUCAUUUGAAGGAACAGCCCGGGAAAAUGCCCCGCUCGACAGUUCAACGAGUGAACCUGCUAAAACCAACCCGGAAGGUUCUGGGGGUGGUGAAAGAAAUAAUGGCAGCUGCCCCAGUUCCCCCACUGAGUGGGCUGAUUUUGAAAACCCGUUUGGUGUCAAACUGAGAAGAACCUCUUCCUCAAGGACGUAUGGUGGUGAAAAACACAGAGACUCUCCUAAGCUGGUGUCGUUCCCCAUCUCCCCAGCUUCCUCGGCCUCAGUGAGGGAGGAUCCGAAUCCCAGUGGGACUGGAAGAACCCCGCAGAGACUCCCAGCCAGCACCAAAUGCCUCUCUAAAAAGUCAGACUCAGAGGAGGAAACCAACUCUACAACUAAAGCUGGGGACAUGACAAAGAAGCAAGACAUCAGCAAGCCCUCAGAAAAGGUUCCUAAUCCUCCUUGGGAAAUGGCAUCCUCUGAACCUGCUUGGAUCACUGUGGCAAAGCUAAAGCAGAAAGGUUUCCAGGGCCGUCCUCUUGCUAAAGGGCAUCACCCCGAGGACAGAGCUGUGCCGGACACUGAGAAUGAGGAGACAGUAAACUAUGCAAGUGAAAACCAAUCAAGAAAGAACUCAGUGUCCAGCUUAUGUAAGGAGGACAAGACAGCCCACAUGAAGAUUGCCAUUUCCUCCAUAACAGUCAUUCCAGUUGAGCCUGGAGUUCAGGAGAUAUCAUCUCAGGCUUCGGCCAUUGAAAAGGAAAUGAGACAAUCCUCAGCUCUUCCGGUCUUGCCACGUGGUCCCAUGGAACCGCCCUGGCUCUCCCUGGCCAAGAAAAAAGCCAAAGCUUGGAGUGAGAUGCCUCAGAUUGUGCAGUAACUGAUCAGCCGAGGGACUGGUUUUUGUAUUGCCAAGUGCUGUAUUAAUUCCGUGUAGUGGUUUCUUUUCUGUGAUCAUUCUGUGCAAUGACAGAGCCUUCGAAACAUUGGAAAAACAGAAAAACGGAAUGCCACCGAAUGUUAAACUGGAGUAAAAGCCAGCACCCAGACUCAGCAUUUCACCUAUAAAAUGAUAGAAAAACCUAUUUUGUCUGAUAGAGACUUUCUAAACUUUUGAUUUAGGACAACUGUGCUUUAGAAGACGGAAGAAGUUUUUGGAACAAAACUAGGGGAAACAAAAGUCCAUUAUUUAUCUUCCCGGACUGCAGUGCAGUAUUUCAGUUAAGAUUUUCCAGGUGACUUGGUUUCUGGCAAUGGCAUUAUUGCUUGUGAGCCACGUGAAGCUCAGCAUAGCUUUCACAGCUCUCCCAAAUUGGUAAGGGGGCCUGAGAAUUAUUCUCAUUUUAUUGCUAUAAGUCCCACCUCAUGGUAGUAGUUAUACGCAGCAAACACGACAUUUCUUGGGGAAUAUCGUACUCCUUGGAUAAUUAGUCCAUCAGCCUUUGGCCUUGGGCCCGAAGUCAUCACCUGAGACCUUUUGUAAUAGCCGAGAAAUGCACUGCCCGUCAUAUCCUGUUGUUUCAGUAGUUAGGAUCUUGUGAAAAAUUGAGGUUACAGAGAUGCCAAAAGCUAUACUUUCGAUUUCUGAAGAACGACAAGUUCCUUUCUCCUCCUCUCUCCCUGGAACAUAAAGAAAUAGCUUGUGUGGUUUGAAAAAUUUUGUUGACACUGAGAAGGAAGUCAAUGUCAACAGAAAGCCAAAUCCCCCGACCCCAACCCCCAUCCUGGCCUUUUUCUGUCUUUUAAUAAUGAAGAACACUCUGGUGCUCAGGCUUGAAACCCAGUAGCUCUUCUAUUCCUGCUCCCUUUCUUUUAGCAACACUUGCUAAAAUGUUUGGCUCCAACAUUGUUAUGAAAACCAUAGGCAAAAAAAUUUGCCUGCAGCCUACUCUGUUGAUCUCUGCCUACUUCUUUAUUGCCCAUGGAUGGGUAUUCAUAUGAGAAACAAUUUUUCUCACUAAUGAGCUAGGUUUGUUACUGGGAAAUUUUUAUUUUAGAGAAAUAACCCAAAUGAACCAACUCUCCUCCUGUCUCUGACCCAUUCCAUUCUCUGCUCCCCCAAAUAAAACACAUACGCACAAAUUUGGACUGAGUUGACAUCCUUUUAUGAUGUUGAGUGUUUCCUCACAUACUAGUGAAAAAUUCCCUUUGGUUUGCUAAAAAGCAGAGCUAAAUAAAUAACUUCAGGGGACCAGUAUUAAUUUACUGGCUUAAGUAUCCACCACGCAGGUCUAUGGUGUUUUUAAAGAACAUAUAUGUCCAUAGUGGUACUAAAUACUGACUAAGCACAUGGAAUCUCAUAUAUGAGGUAUUCAUUCCUUUGAGUCUUGAUUUCAGAUCGGGAUUCCUCACAGAUAGGGAUAGGACUGCUUUAUUACCAUUUAUUUGGUAAUGAAGACUGAGUUUCACUAAUUCAUUAGUCUGUUGGAGGAGAUUACUAAAAUGAUCUGUACAGCAGUUUGGGGCUUUGCUUGAAAAUCAUUUAUGUGACAAUAUAUAAAGAUGUGAAAACUGGUCCUUCUCCAUGUAAAAUCUGCACUUUUCAUAUACACUGCAACUUAACCUUUUUUCUUGUUUUGUUUAGUUUCCGAUACCUUUCCUGGCUACUCAGAUCUGUGUUUUGGUUUAGGUGUUUUGGCCCCUACCUUUACUUUUUCAUUCCAUUUGUAUAUAUUGUGAAUGUGAUUCUAGCUUUGGAGAAUCUGUUUACAUUUACUUUCCCACAGUUUGUUUACUAUUCAAUGUUGUGCUGAUGAUGAGGGAGUCACAGAGUUUCCUGGAGGUCUGAAAAUGUCUAACACCAGCUUCCGGGUCCCUUAUUGCAUCCUCAAAAAAUGCUGUGUAAAAUAGAUCUAAUAAAACCGAGCUUCUCGUGUA